AUGGGGGCUAGAGCACAAUCCACAACAACAGAAAAGCUGGUUGUCUCCAGAGCAGUGGACAUCUAUGGAGAUGCAGACGAGGCCUCUGUGACAAGGUACAUCGCAGCAAUGUAUGGAUACAUCCAUCCAAACAGAUGGAAGGAGAUUUACCAGGAGGUCCUCGACACGUACAGGGAACAUGGAUAUUUGUCUCCUGUCGACUUUUGUGAGGACCUGAGGCUUGACACUGCAAGGAGACUGUACACGGAGAAGAUGCUGCUGAGGAAUAGGCUUUUGGAGGGAGAGGACGUGGAGUGUCCUAGCGAGGUUCCCGAGCAUGACUGGAAUAUCGGAAACAUCGAGAGAAUAAAUGGGAUUGCCAGAGUGUCCGAGGAUGUCCUGGACAAUAGACAGCUGUAUCCUACUGUUGACCCGCGGAUCAUAAGGCAGCAUGUAGAGGCCAUGAACAAGCGGCAGGAAGGAGGACAGGGAAAUUCAGGCGGAACAAGCAAGACCUCGGAAGCCAAGAAGAAGCAUCGUGGAGUCACAGAUAAAGAAAAGAAGAGGUUCUAUCAGAGGAUGUCUGAUGAGGAAAGAGAGGUCGACGACUUCCUGGAUAAAAUGGAAGAAGAGGACUACAACACCCCAAGGAAUGGCCUUGCUCCAAACAUGCUAAGGGGAAAGUAUCCCAUCAUAAAGGCCUCCUCCCAGAUAAAUAGCAGGCCCACAGGGCUCAGGGGUGCAGGAGAGUCAUGGAUCUCCUUAGAAAACCAGUACAGAGCAAUCGCCAAAAAGAUUGCAGAGAAGGCAGCGGAUGCAGGUGGUGGCGAGUCAUGGAGAAACGAGCUCAGGAUUCUUGUCCAGUACCACAUGAAAAAAAUGGGGAUGCUCAACGAGCUUGAAAAGGCCAAUGUGCUGAUAGACAGUAGCAGCAUGACACAUGUGCUAAUGAACAUCCUGAUGCUUCUUCAGGAGACGAUCAGCAGGUCAAGAAGCGAAGAGGUGGUGUCAAACUGCAUGUCCUUCAAGAAAGACCUUCUUAUGUUUGGAAGCCAUUAUAGAAAAUAA